CGUAUUAUAUUAUAUAUUAGUUUUGGAAAAGGCAAACACAAUAAUUCAGUCCAGAGAGUUUACACCACAAACACCGCAGACAUCAUCUGAUGCUGUAAACUACUUUGAAUUCUCCCAAAAACGUAUAAUUUUGUGUUUGUUUCUAGCAAUCUGGUAGUUAGCUGUGCAGCCAUGGCCACCGCCGCCGCGCCCUCUACUGCGGCGAGAAGCUCGAGCAAGAAAGAAUACCCGGGAGGGCUUAUACUGGAUCGGUACGAGGUGGGGAAGCUCCUGGGACACGGGACGUUCGCGAAGGUGUACCACGCUCGGAACAUCAAGACCAACGAGAGCGUGGCGAUUAAGGUGAUCGACAAGGAGAAGAUCCUGAAAGUGGGGUUGACCGCCCACGUGAAGCGCGAGGUGUCGAUUCUCCGGCGGGUGCGCCACCCCAACAUCGUCCAGCUGUACGAGGUUAUGGCGACCAAGUCCAAGAUUUUCUUCGUGAUGGAGUACGUGAAGGGCGGGGAGCUGUUCAACAAGGUCGCCAAGGGGCGCCUCAAGGAGGAGGACGCCCGGAAGUACUUCCAGCAGCUGAUCUCCGCGGUGGCGUUCUGCCACGCCCGCGGCGUCUACCACCGCGAUUUGAAGCCGGAGAACAUCCUCCUCGACGAGGACGGGAACGUCAAGGUUUCGGAUUUCGGGUUGAGCGCCAUAUCGGAGCAGAUUAAGCAGGACGGGCUGUUCCACACGUUUUGCGGCACGCCGGCUUAUGUCGCCCCGGAGGUUUUAGCAAGAAAAGGCUACGAUGCGGCUAAGGUAGAUAUAUGGUCUUGUGGGGUGAUUCUAUUUGUGUUAAUGGCAGGCUAUUUACCCUUUCAUGAUCAGAAUAUUAUGGCUAUGUAUAAGAAGAUUUACAAAGGGGAAUUUAGGUGCCCUAGAUGGUUUUCCCCCGCAUUAACCCGAUUUCUCACUCGAUUACUCGAUACCAAUCCUGAUACAAGGAUAACCAUCUCUGAGGUAAUGAAUAACAGAUGGUUCAAGAAAGGGUUCAAGGAUGUGAAGUUUUAUAUUGAGGAUGAUAAAUUGUGCAAUGUUAUUGAUGAUGGAAUUGAUUAUUCCUCUGAUUUGUCCGAGUCGGAGUCCGAGAUGGAGAGCCGGAGGAGGAUAAGCGGUUUGCCUAGGCCUGCUAGCUUGAAUGCCUUUGAUAUCAUCUCGUUUUCGCGUGGUUUUGAUCUGUCGGGGUUGUUCGAGGAGGGAGGGGACGGGGAGAGGUUCGUUUCAGGGGCGCCCGUGUAUAAGAUCAUAAAUAAGUUGGAAGAGAUUGCGAAAGUCGUGAGCUUUAAGGUGAGGAAGAAGGAUUGCAGGGUUAGUUUGGAGGGGACUAAGGAGGGCGCGAAAGGGCCACUUACAAUUGCUGCCGAGAUAUUCGAACUAACCCCGUCUUUGAGAGUCGUGGAGGUGAAGAAGAAGGCGGGGGAUAAAACGGAGUUCGAAGAGUUCUGCAAGAGAGAAUUGAAGCCCGGGUUACAGAACCUAACGCUAGAAGAUGCUUCACAUUUACCUUCGGAUACUGAAUAGAGGGGGGAAGGAAGAGAAAAGAAAAACGUGGUGGUGAUAUUGCUUGGUGCAACUGGAUCAAGCCUGCAUGCUUGCAAGUCGGGAAGUUGCGUUUGAUAGCUUCCCUCGGUACCAAACCUCAAAUGCACACUUGUUUGGUCUCUUGGGGAAUUGAGAAGAAGUCGGCUAUUGGGAGGGAGUACGAGUCGAAAACGGAGGCACCUAAGUCCAGAGCUUGGCAGUCGAAGCUGUCUCAUCUCGGAAUCAUAAAUAAUUGCAGCAGUGGAAUUGCAGGAAACAGGUAAAUGACAGAUUUGGCCAUCUGGGUACUACCGAAUAUUUGAGUAUUCUUGAUCUUUACUCGGGAAAUUAGCAAGACAGAAUCACAGAAAGGAGUGUGUCUGCCCUCAUUUAGGAUGGACAAAUUUAAGGUUAGAAAAGGGCAUUUGUUUACUUGAUGUUUUCUACCUCCAAGUUGCCAUUUUAACCACAAAACAACUAAAGUAUCUUUAUGGCAACAACCUUUUGAUGUGGACAGCACAGCACAAACAUGUUUGUGGACUAAAAUCUCAGCUUUUUCUCA